AUGGCUCGUCAUAAAAAUAAUAGUCAAUCCCGAUAUUUGGCCAAGAAUGGUCGUUUACCCGACUACGAGGAAGAAGAGUUGACGUCAUUUAGUGGAGAGGAAAAUGGUUCUGGUUCUCAAGGUCCUCCACCGCUUAUCACCCCGCCACCACCAGGUCCAGGAGGAGGAAUCUUUAAAGAGGUUGGACCUCCAGGUCCAUCGGGACCACCAGGACCAAAGGGAGAACCCGGUGAAGACGGAUUACCAGGUCUCAAGGGUGAACCCGGACGAGUGGUCCCUGCUUAUACUCCAGUGACUGUGAUAAAAGGGGACAAAGGAGUUCAAGGAGAAGUUGGGUUGCCUGGUCAGCGGGGUUUCAAGGGUGAAAAGGGUGAGUGUUUGAUUGGCCCACCAGGACCUCCUGGACCAGCAGGACCACCUUUCACGCACACAUUUGGAAGUGGAUCUGGUGGUUGGAACCCCAUCGAUCUUGGAACAGAGGAUCAGGAUAGUUUUUUAAACUACCUUUAUCAAUUGAUUUAA